UAAGCGCAAAAACAGUAAAAAGGAAGCGAAAGCGUUGUGUGUGACGCUUUGCGAAGGACAGACCAAGCGGAUUGUGGUACAAGUUCAGUGUAAAAGCAGUGAAUGUAAGAAAGAACAAAAAACACACACACACACCUUUUGUACUUUUCUGCAGCAGUUUGUGAACCACACCGAGCAGAAGGUUUGGCGUCAUAAGCCCCAAAACAGGGGCUUGCGUACGGACAAAGCGACAACAUUGUGUAAAACGUCAAUACAACACACCACCAACACGAACAAAAAAAAACAGCGCAUCAAUGUUUGCUACUCGCUGUAUAAAAAAAACCGCCAGCGCAGAGAGCACAUGUUAGCGAUGGAAAAACAAUACAAUGAGGUAGCAGCACGUGCAGUACUAGCAUACCUUUACGAUCACGAUAUGUACAGUCUGGCGGAACAGUUCUGUAUGGCCAAUCCGUACCUGAAGGUGCAUCAGGGCGCGCUGGAGAAGGGUAUCACGCCCGUUAGCUCCCUGCAAAAGCCACUGCGGGACGUGCUGAAGGAAUUCAUUGUGAUGCAAUCCCAGCUGUUGCAGCUGGUCAACCUGUGCAGCAGUGUGAUCGAGUUUCCGCACGCCAGCUCCGUCGUCGUACUGGCAGACCAUCUGAUCAAUGUGCUGAAAACUUCCGGUACGGGCGAGGUGAUGAGAGCGGUAGUCUCCACGAUACCGGCCUCCGAGUGGAGCGCGGAACACUCACCCGCUGCACCGACGCGAAACGUAUCGUACGGUGGGGCAAACACGACCGGGUCAUCGCAAACCCUCCAGGAGCAGCCGUACAGCGCCGGUGACGCGGUACUCGGUCAGGAGAUAAUCAUUUCCUCGUCCGACAUGAGCCUGAUCGAAACGCUAACGCGUUGCGUUAACACGGACAGCAGUAUGCCCAUCGUCGUGGAGAACCCGAUAUAUAGCCGGCCACAUUCCGCGUUAAACGGCACCGUCCUUACCACCGAGAAUGUGCCACCACCAUACACCAAACAAUCAAACGGUCAGCAAACGACAUCAACCACCACGAUCGCACCAACGCCUCAAAGCAAUCAACCAAACAAACGACCACACCACGCUACGACGCUGCAGCAGGCGCGUGAAAGCGAACCAGCAUCCAGCUCGAAUCACCCACCACCUCCGAGCGCCGCUGCAACCGUACCGCCUGUACCGACGAGCGUGCCGAAGGACGGCACGGACAAGUUACCAUCCUCAGCAGCGACCAAGCUCACGAACGGUGCGACACGAUCAAAUGCGACCCCGCUAGACCAUCCGAUCCUGCCCGGGGCGGUCAGUUCCCGGUCCACCUCCAGCCGCAAACGAUCGCACAUCCGCAUCCUGGACUUUGGCACGCCACCGCUAAAGCGUGGCAGCCCAUCGACCAUCGGCCGUCCAUCACCUGUGAUACCAUCGCCCGCCCAACUGAACGCUCCGAAGCGUGCCAUCCUGAUGGAGGAGCAGCCAGCACCGGUCAGCAACCGGGGGAACGUAACGCCGCCUGCACCGCCACCGCCACCGCCACCGUCUGCCAACCAACACGAUAAACCAAUACCAAAGAAAGUGCUCAUCAAGGGAAUAAUUCAGUGCGGCAAACGAAUCAUUUGCACGGGGGUUGGCUCCAAACGGCCGGAUGCAAGAACAACGCCAAAGAGCAUGCCACCUUCACCGGCCAUUCCGCGACCAACCGCCACCAGCGACACCAACCAACCAAUCAAUCUAUGCAAAAGGAGCGAGCAUGCGUCCGCCCAAACAAGCUGCUCGACCACCACCACCACCAACCUGUCUACGGCCAAAAAGCUCCCCCUCGCAUUGCGACCCCCGUCCGCUUCUCCGCCCCGGUCCAUUAUGCCCGGUUCGCCCGCCUUUCCGAUCGAUCCGCUCGCGCUCUGUCCGAUGACGCCCCGCUUCCUUACACGUCCCCUUCAGCCGCUGUGCAUGCUUUCGCCACUGCUCGGUACGCUCGACCAGAGCGGGAUCAGCCAGGCCAAAUCGCACAGCCACUCGAAACCGGCGACCGACAUCAACACGCCCGGCUACCCGAUCACCCCGGGCAAUGCAAUCACACCGUCACCGACGCUGUCGGACAGUGUUUCGUACUACGAAAGUGAAGCGACCAGUAACGAACGUACCACGGUACCACGGGCCGAGCAUGAGUCGUACGACGGUGGUGGUGGUGGUGGUGAUGGGACGCCGGGCCCCACUAAACCACUGCUAACGCUGACCGCCAACAGUGAAGAGAUUGCGAUCCGGUACGACGAGCAGGAUAGCUUGCCGUUGCGAGCGUUGAGGGAUGGUAAAGAUGAGGAUGGUCAGGAGUGUGCGGCCCAGCUGGCGGCACGAAUCGAGAUUGACGAUGGAAAUGGGAAGGUGUUUCAAAUCGCGGUAUCACCGCUCAUACCGCUGUACGAAGAUUAUCCGUAGCAGGGAUAGUAUCCAACGCAGCGAACAGUGUACAGUGUUAAAAAAGGCAAAUUAGAGGUUUUACCAUGGGCAUUGAGCAGCAGGGUCAAAAACCCCCUUUUAGUUAGUUAGCAAUAGAUAGGUGUACGAUUAACGAACGCAAAUGAGAAAAAGGCUGAAACGAUGUGUAGGAAUAGGUUUUACUGCAAGUGCAUCACCACCACCACCGAGCGAGCGAGCGAGCGAAGAUGCUUACGCUUCCUGACGGACGGUAUUGCUUUCGUUAUAGAAAUGUGUUGUUUUAAUUGUUGUCGAAUCGAAUUGUAUUCUUUUAGCGUUAGGUUUCAACCGUAACUUACAAUGUGAAUGCCCGUGUACAGUUGUCGUCUGCUUACGGAUUGCGCUGAUUUAACGCAGCGUACACACCGUGCUAGGAUAGGAUUGCUCGAAACAACAAACCAUGACCGUGUGGAGUUGGUUUGCUGCGCGAAAUAAAUAUUCCGAACGAUUCUCAUACCCGCGUGUGUGCGUGUGUGUGUGGUUGUAGUUA